AUGUUUGUGAUUUUUGUGGAAAAUUACAAGAGUUUUAUCUAUCAUUUGUUCUUCAAUUUACAGUAUAUGCUAAUUUCUCCUUCUCUUCUCUGUGUGACGCAUGACAAUCUACAUUCAACCGUUUUUUGUUUUUCCUUAACCUCGGCUACGAAACUUUUAAUAUUUUCGUUGUAUUUUGUUGUUGUUCUGUUUGUAUUUCGAGCCGUGUACGGUGGCGUACGGCGGCGCGUUGGUCUCCAAUCUCUCCAAGACGGACACUCGGACGGCGUUGCCGCUUCGGAGCUAACGCCGGAGGGGCGACGAUGUCGGUGCUCGGCUGCGAUGCAGUUGCUGCAGCCGGCGGAGCCGUUUCCUCCGCGGCGUCCGGUGCGGAGGGGAUUGGAGGGUCCGGCGGUGGGGGAUUGGUUUCGGGCACUUCCGCCAUUGUGGUCACAGUGGCAGUGGCGGAGUGCGCAGGAUAAGGGAGACGGGGAGUUUUCUGGUGCGGUAGGGUGCAAGGGUACAAUUACCUCUAAGAUUUUGCGCCGUACUGAACAUAAGAAGUUUGGUUUUGAGUUUGGAAACUUGCGUCCUAUGAAAUAUGAGCAAAUAGCAAAAUUGCUGAAUGGCAUUGCCGAGAGAUUUGACUGGGAUAAAAUAAUGGAAGAUGAUAAAAUUAUUGGACUGAAACGUGUUUGUGAAGUGUCUUUGAGAAUGGAAAACAAACACAGAGGAAAUGUGACUGAAGUGAAGUGA